AUGCCCCAUCGACACCAAGUUCGCAUGGCCUGCCAGCGCUGCAGGAGAAAAAGAUGCGACGGUGAGGAUCCUUGCCAAAGGUGCAAGGACGCAGGUCUCGAGUGCGCCUUUGACCACUCACGGCGGGAGUCCAAGGACGACUUGCGCGCCGAAAUUGAGCGACUGCGGCGCAUUGGCGAGCGUAACGACGCACUCCUCGAUGUCCUGUCUUCCAUGAACGAUGCAGACACUUACAACACGGUGGUACAACGCCUCAUGGACAGCGCCGUCACGCGCGACUCCAUCUACAAUAACCUCCCCGACCACCUCAAAGCCGUUGGACAGUCCGUACCCAUUCCAGCCGGCCUUAUCACACCAUCUUCACGUCGUAACUCGCCGGCCACCUCGUCCGCAGCGGCCUCCAGCAGCAAUGUCCGGCCGGUGACGUGUCCGCAUUGUCACGGUGCGUUGCCGGCUUCAUCAUCUGUGACCGAUAGCAACGAAUCUCCCAGGACGACCAGCGAGCGCCGCCUAUCAGGGGACGCGCAGUCCGAAACCAACUUUCUCACGAUCCCAGCCUCUGCUGCCGGCUGUGUUCCAUUGAUACCAGUGGUGCUGUCAUUGACAGGGGCGGAGAAGACAAAGCAGAUCGAUCCCUGGACCCGCACUGGAUGGCCCGUCACCAAGAUUAGGGACCGCUUUAACUCACUUCUGACGUGGGAUUAUUUGCCGUUCUGUCUCCUCUGCAAAAAUCCAUUCUUGCAAGAUUUUGCCAGUGGGGAUGGACGCUACUGCUCACCAGCGCUUGUCAACUCACUCCUCGCCUUGUCAACCCGGAUCCUGGACGAGCGCCAACAUCCUCAACAGCAACAGCACCAGAAAGAGCAGCAAAAGUGCCUCGCUAAAAGUGAUGCCGAUUGCGGAUUCCCCCACUCUGGUUGUUGGGACAGUCAGGCUUUGUUCGAUGAGGCUGAAACCCUCAUUAGCGGAAAAGAACACAUGGGCGCCCUCCCAGAUAUUCAAACCCUAGGCAUUCUUGCCCUAUACCAAGUCAGUUGCGGUCGCGAGGCUGAGGCGAGGGAGCUUGCGGAGGCAUUUAAGGCCGAAAUUACCAAAUUAUGCCUCCGGGAACCCCUCGACGUGGGCAAGCAGGACGACCAGUACAUGCAGGUACGCUCGACAACGUACUGCGGGGCUAUAUCACUCGUCCGGAUACUCAAACUGCUGACAGCACAGCCCACUGGGAUGCACACCACGAUAAUGCAGGAUGAUGGGGUUACUCUUGAUUGGCCGCCCUGUGCCUAUGGGCCUAGUACGUCUUCACCCGCGGUGUCAAUAUGGGGGUGGGCUGACGGCUCCAAUACAGGUACACUGGCAGGCGAGUCCAGGUCUCAGCUCACUAGCCUUCAGCUCGUCCCUGCCAAGAUAUUCCAGCUCACCGAAUGGGUAUACAAGCUUCUCGUGCGGUCACCGGCGGCUACGGGCGAUGAGGUAGUGCUGGUUUACCGUCGGUGUCUCGACUGGUACGAGGGUUUCUUUGCAAUGCUCGCAUCAGACGGGAGCAGCUCGCCAUUUGUGGCUUUCAUCCACAUGUAUUAUCAAUUUUGCCAGCUUUCCCUUUUCAGGCCGUACGUUAGCAUGCCUCUCGCGGGGCUUCAUGUGCAUCCGCGCGAGAUCUGUUUGCAGGCUGCGCAGUCCAUUCUUGGGCUCUCAGAGGCAUAUGCCGACACAUUCGGUUUGCGGACGGUGUCUCCACUGAUGCCAUACUUCGUGUGUGCGUCGGGUCUCUUGAGCCUCGCGGUCGAGGAGCCCGAACAUGGCAUACUCGAUGCUGUUUCCGUACCUCAACAUGGUCACAACGAUGGGUGCCUGGCCAAGACGACCGAAUCACUACAGGAGACGAUCAAGCAAGAGCCUGAUGACGACCCGGUGGACUUGGAAUCGCACUACGGCCACAAGUCGAGCGGCGAGCAACACAACCGGCCAUCACCGCAGCCAAUGCCCAUAAAUAUGCCAAUAGUGACCCACGCACGGUUGCUGCUAUCGAAGAUGAGCUUCGCGCACUCCGCGGCUUUCCUCGCGGAGGGCAUGCUUCACAGGGCACCUGGCAGCAAUUGA